AUGGAACAUCCGGAAUCUUCGAACCAGGAUGUUGGACCAAAAAAAGGUCCAUUUGAUGACUUGGGCAGAGAUGAACUAGUAACUAAAUGUAAAGGAUUUCUUGCAAUAGCUCAGAAAGCCAAAUUGGCAAAAUCAGAGCUCCAAACUACAGUAGAAACUUACAAGGCACAACUUGAAAAAUCUCAAAGUAAAAUAAAAGCACUGAGUGCUAAAUGUGUUAACUAUGAAGAAACCAUUAACAGUCAUAAGGCUGAUUUGAUUGUAAGAGAUAAAACCAUAUCUGAUCUCAAUCAAAAGCUAUGUGAUAUUGAUAUAGAAGUAACGUCUCUUCAAAGACAAAACAAGCGUCUUUUAGAAGAAAAUGAACAAUUAUUGAAUCAGCUAACUGAGUUUGAAAGCAAAAUAUCUGAAUUUAACAGUAUUGGUAUGCAACAGAGAGAACAACUUAAAAUUUUAGAGGGAAGUGUGCAAACAGAAGAGCAUUAUAAAAACAAAAUUGACGAAUUGAACACUUACAUUAAACAAUUAGAAAACAAUGUUCAAGGAGGUUCAAUAGAUUACAAGACUAAUUUGGAAGAGGUAGAAAAAGAACUUCAUGAAGUAAAGCAAAACAAGCUUAAUUUCAAUACCAAUGAUGGGCAAUUGAGUGAGUUAACACGUGAAAAUAUAUCGUUGAAACAACAAUUGGAUGAUUUAAAUCAAAAACUGACAAACAGUGAUACUGAUAACUCUAAACUUCUAGCGAAUGUAGAUGAGUUAAGGUGUCAACUUGAAUUAAUUGAAAAGAAACUACCUAUUCAGCUAGAUGAAAAUAAGUCACUUAAAGAGAAACUAAAUGAAUCAACUCAAAAACUUAAUGAAAUUAAUCAUAAAUAUGACGAUCUUCAAAAGUCUAUACAUGUUUUAAAAACUGAAAAUCAGGUUCUGAAUGAAAAAUUGCAAACAAAAAUGCAACAGAAUGAAGUACUUGAACAUUUAAAUUUACAAGUUAAAGCUUUGGAGAGUGAAAAGUCCAUAUUGGUUAAAGAGAAACUUAAUGCACGGGACAGUGUUGAAGAACUAGAAAAGCAAAAUAAAAACUUCAGUGACAAACUUACCACAACUAAACAAGAAUUACUAGAAGCUCACGAAAAAUUAGAACAGAUGAGACAACAGAUGAGACAGGAGAGAAUAAUUUUUGAAAAAAAAAAUAUGGAAGAAAAAGAAGGAGAACUUAACAUUUUAAAAUGUAAUUUAAGAGUACAGCAUGAACAAUUUAAUUUGUUAAAAAAAGAACAUGAUGAUCUACAAGAUUUAAAUAGUCUGUUGAAAGAAGAAGUAGAGACUCUAAAGCUUUCGUUAGAGCAACCUAAGGACGAUUCUGAAAAUUUAUCAGAUUUGAAUGUAUCUUUACAAGCUGACAUCGUAAAAUUAGAGACAAAGUUGGCGACAUAUAAACAAGAAAAUGCUUUACUUCUAGUGGAAGUUAAGGAAGCACGAAAUAAAUCCAAAGAAUUUGAGGCACUAGUAGUUGAAUAUGAAGACGCAAAGUCGAAAUUGGGGAGCUAUAAGUCAGAAAACACAGAAUUGUUGAAUGAAAUGAAAGAAAUCAAUCAAGUGUUAAAGGAACGUGGUGAAGCUAUCUCUAAGUUGCAAAAAGCUAUUACUGAAAUGGAAAAACUUGUAGAGACAUUAGAGAAAGAUAGAGACACUACUAGUAAAGAAAAAGAUGAGCUACUUGAAAAAAUAGAAAACCUAAAAUCCGAUCUAAAUGAUGCCAAGCUAAAAACCAGCGAAAAAGCUGAGGCUUCUCAUGAGAAACAUGCUGAAAUAAAUAAUGCUAAAAAAGAUUUAAUCACAAAAGACGCAAUAAUAGUAUCAUUGAAAGAAGAGAUAGAAAAACUCAAGCAACAGUCAUCAGGUGAACUACCAAAUGAAGAUAUGUCCACAUCAACGAUUUCCAAAGCAGAAGAACAUACUCGAAUGAAAGAUCUUGAUGAAACAUUUGAAGAAAAAUACUCUAAGUUAAGAAUAUUUGCUCUUAAGCUCAAAAAGAAACUCAAUGAAACAACUAAUGAACUAAAACAGGCAGUGCAAGAUAAGGCGAAACUUGAAAAAUUACUAAAUGACAAUAGGUCCAUGCAUGCAGAGACUGGCAUAAAACCUGGUGAGCAUAUUGAAUCAGAUAACCCAAAAGUGGACAAUAAUACAGGCAACCAAUCACAAAUUAAUGAACUAGAAGCCAAGGUUAAUUCACUAACAGAAGCUCUUGAGGCUACUAAGAAUGUUACAAAUGAAUUGGAUAGAUUGAAAGCGGAAUCAGCUUUAAAAACACAACAGCUAGCUACUGAAGUAGAGGCUCAUAAAGUUACCCAAGAGAACUUAGAAAAAGCUCGACGUGAUGUAAAAAUGAAAAAUGUUUUGAGUCUGGAGAUGAAAGAUUACGAAAGAUCUAUGAAAGAAUUGUCCACGAAAAUGGAAGAAAGUAAAAAGAAAAUUAUACAGAUGGAAUCAACAAUUGAUACUCAAGAAGGCACCAUCACAGCAAUGAGAACUCAAAUAAAACUACUCGAAGAACAAGUUAAAACCGAGGAGAGACAAAACAGACUCGCUAAAGAGGAACUACAACAUGCUAUUGAAGAAGCCAAAGAGAAAGAUAAUUUAAUACAAAUGAAAAACACUAUCAUAGGUAAGAUAGAACAAGACCUAGAAGAUGAGAAGAGGAAGAACGAAGAGUCAGACUUGGAGAUGACAUCAUUACUUGGGGAAAAAGAAAAAGUUAUAAUGUCAUUAGGCGAAGAAAAAGCGGCGUUGAACUAUAAAUUAAAAAAAAUGGAGUUCAAAUGUGCAGAACUAACUGAGAAACUGAGAAUAGUUAAUAUUGAAUUAGCAGAUUUGAAGGCAGAAUAUACAAGUUACAAAGUACGAGCACAAGCUGUUUUACGACAGAAUCAAACCGUGGACCACAGUCAGGAAGAGCAAUUAAAGGAAGAGGCAGCGGCACUCAGAGCGCAGAUUGAAACGUUGACGGCGAAGCUAACAACUACGCAGGAACAGGUCCAUGAAAAGUCGGCGGAAGUGGAAAGUGCUCGCCGACGCGUCGCAGAAACUACGAAUGAAUUAAACCGUGCGCAGCAGCGUACUAGCCGCCUACACGCCGAUCUUGCACGACUUUCGCAGCAAAUAGAAUCUGAAAGGACACAGAACAAAUUACAGGUUACUACGUUAACGCAGUGUUACAAAACUCAAAUAAGUGAACUUGAGGCAAAACUCCAAAGAGAAACUGAACAUUUAAAGAAACAAUUGGCUGCUGCUGAGCUCUCAGGCCAAUCUGGCAAUGCCGACGUGAUGUCACUAGAUACAGCAAACCGCAAUCAAUUCAUGAUGCCAGUUAUACCUAAGGAUGAAAACAGUGACGGUGAAUUGGAUAUUAACGUCUCUAUGAUACCCCGAGAAGAGGGUGAGGGUUCAGAAUCGGCUCCGUCACCUCCACCUUCUAAGCCAUACUUAAAUAGUGGCGGUGGAACACGCUCACCGGUGCCCUUAGAAAGGUUGCUCGAAGAAGGGGUGCCCGAUGAUGAGGCAAUGGACACUUCUUCGCUCUCUCUAACACCUGAACAAGAGAUAAGCGACCUGAAGCGGAGAUUACAAGCACAGCAACAGAGGGUGAAACACGUGACAGUGCUGCUGUCAGAGUCGGAACGCGAGUGCGCGCGCAUGGCGCAGCUGUCGGAGCUGCUGAAGGCGGAGCUGCGGCGCGUUCGUGGCGCUACGCACAACGCUCACAACACAGAAUAUAUGAAGAAUGUCACACUUAAGUUUUUGACACUGCCGCCUGGCGACGAGCGCAGCCGGCUGGUGCCAGUACUUCAGAAGAUACUUACUCUCACACAAGACGAAACUCACAAAAUACAAGCAAUCGCAAAAGGUUUGGAUCCUAACCCCAGCAAAGGGUGGGGGAGCUACCUACCGUGGUCCGGAGGGACAUAA